AUGCCUCGCGGAGGCUACGACUGCACCGGCGCCGCGCCAGGCUCCUUCGCGUCGCGUCUAGGUCGUCAAAUGUACCCCUGCGGCGGUGGCAACACGCCCCGUGCCUCCCAGGCCGCCGUCUUUCCUAGCGGCGCCAUGCCGUACCAGCCCGGCGCCGGCGCCGCGCCGCCCCACGCCUACGCAGCUGCCCAAGGACAGCAACAAGCCGUGAACAUGUCCAUGGGCUACGGGUAUCCUGUAUCAGGAGCUCCCCAGCAAGCCGGCUUCAUGCCGCAGCACCACCAGCAGCAUCAUUCGAGCGCUUACAUGGCCGGACACGGCUACGCCGCUUUGCAGCAGCAGCCUCAGAUGCAGGCUUUUACGACACAGUACAGCUACGCGCCCUCGUCGAUGCAUGGUCCUGCCACCGCCGCCACGCCGGGCCUCGGGCACCACCCAGGCCUCGUCUACGCCGGCGCGGCCUACGGCGCGCGCUACCCACAGCAACCCUCCGUGUACGGCGCCGCCCCUCAUCAGGGUCCCUACUACCGACACCAAUGA